UUAGCUGUUCGUCCCCGUGUCCCGUUCCUCCUACCUCACCCACACCGCACGCGGACAAAACCGCUCUCCUCACGACCUCACCUCGUUCCCCUCCCCCCCUCGCUCGCGCACACCAGUCCAGUACACUGCUCUGCACGCCACGGAGCACAGCAGCGGCUGCCUAAUCUCUCCAGCCUUUUCAUCAUCCCACCGCUGCUGCUGCUGCCGCUGCCGCUGCCGCAUCUUCCUCCCCUCCGUCUCCGCUAGUCGGUGCCUAACCCGCGGGUUCCACCCCAUUCGCCGCCGCGUCGCCACGAGCCCGUCCCAGAUCGCCGACUCGCUUCCCGCGGGCGCGGCGCGGCGCAGGGCUGCAAAUUUAUUUGCCCACUCCGGGAAUGGCCACAUCUUUAGUUCAUCACUGAUCAAAAAGAUGCCCGUCGAAUGCUUCAUUAAUGAAAUCUGGAAUAAUCUUUGGUGAUUUUAUAUGCUUCACCAGCUGAUGAUCAAUGGGCUCUUUUCUGAGAAAACAGCCCUGGUACCUCUUUAUUUUAAUAAUUGUGCACCUGGGUGCUCGUGAAGCCAAAACACUGAGUUCAGAUGGUGAAGCACUUCUUGCCUUCAAGAAGGCAGUUACAAAUUCAGAUGGGGUCUUUCUAAAUUGGCGUGAACAAGAUGCAGAUCCCUGCAAUUGGAAGGGUGUUAGAUGUGAUAGUCAUCGCAAUCGAGUGAUUUAUCUGAUUCUUGCAUAUCACAAGUUAGUUGGGCCCAUACCACCAGAAAUUGGAAGGUUAAAUCAGUUGCAAACUUUAUCACUACAGGGGAACAGUUUGUACGGUUCACUCCCUCCUGAACUUGGAAAUUGUACCAAGUUGCAACAAUUGUAUCUACAAGGAAAUUAUUUAAGUGGAUACAUCCCUUCAGAAUUUGGCGAUCUGGUCGAACUUGAAGCCUUGGACUUAUCUAGUAAUACAUUGAGUGGAUCCAUCCCACGUUCUCUCGAUAAGCUGUCCAAACUUACAUCAUUCAAUGUGUCCAUGAACUUCCUGACAGGAGCAAUACCAUCUGCUGGUUCACUUGUCAAUUUCAAUGAGACAUCCUUCAUUGGGAACCUUGGUUUAUGCGGGAAGCAGAUUAACGCGGUGUGCAAAGAUGCACCUCAAUCAUCAUCAAGUGGCCCUCAGUCUCCUUCCCCAGAUGAAAUGUUUAAUAGAAGGAAUGGAAAGAAUUCUACCAGGCUUGUUAUAAGUGCAGUAGCCACAGUGGGAGCUCUCUUAUUGGUGGCUUUAAUGUGUUUCUGGGGUUGCUUUCUUUACAAAAUUUUUGGAAAGAAAGAUAUUCGUGGCUUCAGGGUGGAACUAUGCGGAGGCUCGUCCAUUGUGAUGUUCCAUGGGGACCUCCCGUACUCCUCAAAAGAUAUCCUCAAGAAAUUAGAGACUAUGGAUGAGGAAAAUAUCAUCGGAUCAGGGGGCUUUGGAACUGUUUACAAACUUGCAAUGGAUGAUGGCAACGUCUUUGCAUUGAAAAGAAUAGUGAAAACUAAUGAUGGUCUUGAUCGGUUCUUUGAUAGUGAACUUGAGAUAUUGGGAAGUGUGAAGCAUCGUUAUUUGGUCAAUCUUCGUGGCUACUGCAACUCUCCUUCAUCAAAACUGUUGAUAUAUGACUAUCUACCAGGUGGUAACCUGGAUGAAGUGUUACAUGAAAAAUCGGAACAAUUGGAUUGGGAUGCACGUAUUAACGUAAUACUGGGAGCUGCAAAAGGCUUGGCUUACUUGCAUCACGAUUGUUCACCUCGAAUAAUACAUCGUGAUAUUAAAUCGAGCAACAUCUUACUUGAUGGCAAUCUUGAGGCCCGUGUAUCAGACUUUGGACUUGCAAAACUAUUAGAGGAUGAAGAGUCACAUAUUACUACAAUUGUUGCAGGAACAUUUGGUUAUCUUGCACCAGAGUAUAUGCAAAGUGGCAGAGCCACCGAAAAGACUGAUGUCUAUAGUUUUGGGGUUUUGGUACUUGAAAUACUGAGCGGAAAGCGACCUACUGAUGCAUCAUUCAUUGAGAAGGGAUUGAACAUUGUUGGAUGGUUAAAUUUCCUGGCUGGUGAGCACAGGGAGCAGGAAAUUGUCGAUCCGAAUUGUGAAGGCGUGCAGACUGAGACCUUAGAUGCUCUGCUUUCUCUUGCCAAACAGUGCAUAAGCUCUUUGCCGGAGGAGCGGCCAACAAUGCAUAGGGUGGUACAGAUGCUGGAGUCGGAUGUAAUUACACCAUGCCCUAGCGAUUUCUACGAUUCAGAGUGAGCUACCGCUUCUUCUCCUGGGGACCUGGACACACCACACCGCCGCUAAAGUUCCCCGUGGAGGCGCAUUCCUUUAUUCUUUGCAGCAGAUUGUGUAAAUCCAUUGCCGCGGUGUUCGGCUCCAAUCGGCUAGUUCAACGGGGUGACAUUUUUUUGCGUCCGUAUACCUAUGUAUGUAUCCGCACUACGCUACAAGUUAAUUAAUAAGAGAACUUACCAGGA